AUGACGGGGCAGCGCGAGACCAGCCGCAAACCGGACGAAAUGUACUUUCUGCUCGAGAGGCUCUGCCCAGGCGGCCGCAAGCUGGAGAUCUUCGCACGCGAGCACAAUCUGCGGCCCGGCUGGAUCAGCAUCGGCAACCAGCUGCAGCAGGCCAGCCGUUUGGACGAGCCGGACGUGAGGGAGAGGUUCUUCAGCAAGUAUGGCUACUGGCCAGACGGCGGCGACCCGCGCCGAGUCCCGAUCCCGGGCACGCCGGCGGGGCCGGGGCAGGGCGGGCCGCCAGGGCCGCCGCACGGGGGUUUCGGGCCGCCGCGCGGCGGGCCGCAAACUGCAAUUAUGGGCCCGCCAAUGGGAUACAUGCCCCAGCAUCCGCAGAGCAGCCGCGACCGCCGGCGCGUCGCGCCUGUCGCCGCCUCCGCCUCCCUCGCCGACCAGCAGCAGGCGAUUGCCCGGAAUGUGGGCGCCAGCUCGCUGCUCAUCGUCGCGGCCGGCGCCGCCUCCAUACACCUGCAGCCCUGGCCCAUCGCUGGAAUCCCCAGCCUCGAGCUCGCGGCGCGCUGCUGCUUGGCCCCCGCGCUGGCGCUGCUGGCGCUGAUCUUCCGCGUCAGCACGUACCGCUUCGUCAGUGUCCAGGACAUUGACGCCGCCGCCGGCAAGGCGCCGCAAAGCGACAAGGCCAAGGUCUAUUGCGCGGUGCUGCAGAACACGCUCGAGCAGCUGGCCGUCGCCGCAGUCGCGUAUGCCAACUUUGCGCUGCUGGCGCCGGCCAGGCUGCUGGCGGUGCUGCCAACCUGCUCGCUGCUGUUCCUCCUCGGCCGCGUCUCCUUUUUCAAAGGUUACGAAAACGGCGCGCCCGCGCGCGCGCCGGGCUACGCCCUAACGGUCAUGCCGACGGCAUUGCUGAUGCUGGCGAGCGCAGCGCUGGCCGUGGCGCGGCUGUUCGGCGUUGUUGUGGCCUAA